AUGAACUCAACAAAUCCGGCAAGUGUUUUAGGUUUUGGUACGUGGAAGCAGAUUGUAGAUAAAUUCUUAUACUGUGCUAACUCUUCAAAGCAAACAGGAGGUUCAAAGAAAAUAGGUAUUGAAAACCUUCCUUCACAUAUGCAUAAGUUCAGUGGAACAACAUCUGUAGAAGGAAAUCAUUCACAUUCAAUAACAAAAAGAGGUUAUACAAAUCUUGCAGCAGGUUCGGAUAGACAGGGAAUGCAUAGAUAUGAUAUUUCAAGUGACCCAGUAGAUUCAAGCACAGGUAUUUUCUGUGGAACUGCAGGAAAUCAUACACAUGUUGUAGCUGGUAUUACAGACCCAGCAGGUUCGGGUGCAGAUUAUAUGCCUCCAUUUAUGACUGUAUUCGCAUGGUACCGAGUUCAAUGA